UGGGCGCAUCAGUUACAAUGAUAUGUUUGAGAUGCUGAAACACAUGUCCCCGCCCCUGGGGCUGGGGAAGAAAUGCCCUGCUCGAGUUGCAUACAAGCGCCUCGUUCGUAUGAACAUGCCCAUCUCCAACGAGGACAUGACCGUCCACUUCACGUCCACGCUGAUGGCCCUCAUCCGGACCGCACUGGAGAUCAAGCUGGCUCCAGCUGGCACAAAGCAGCAUCAGUGUGACGCAGAGCUGAGGAAGGAGAUUUCCUCUGUGUGGGCCAAUCUGCCCCAGAAGACCCUGGAUUUACUGGUGCCACCCCAUAAACCCGAUGAGAUGACAGUGGGGAAAGUGUACGCAGCUCUGAUGAUAUUCGACUUCUACAAACAGAACAAAACCACCAGAGACCAGAUUCACCAAGCUCCCGGAGGCCUGUCCCAGAUGGGCCCCGUGUCCCUGUUCCACCCUCUGAAGGCCACGCUGGAGCAGACGCAGCCGGCGGUGCUCCGCGGAGCCCGGGUUUUCCUUCGGCAGAAGAGCUCGGCCUCCCUCAGCAAUGGCGGGGCAGUACAUACCCAAGAGGGUGGCAUAAAGGAGUCGGUCUCCUGGGCCACUCAGAGGACCCAGGAGGUGCCCUGCGAGGUGACGACGCCCCUGGAGCGUGGCCACUCCGCGGAGAUCCCGGUAGUGCAGACAGGAAAACCGGCUGUGGAUGUCCAGAUGCAGAGCAUGCCCCUGAGAGGCCCUGACGGGGAGCCCCAACCCGGGCUGGAGAGCCAGGGCCGAGCGGCCUCCAUGCCCCGCCUGGCAGCAGAGACUCAGCCGGCCCCAGACGCCAGCCCCAUGAAGCGCUCCAUCUCCACUCUGGCGCCCCAGCGCCCCCCCGUGGCUCGUCUCUGCAACGCCGCCCUGGACCGCGCUCCGGCCAGCCAGGCCGCCCCCCACCAUCACCACCGCUGCCAUCGCCGCCGGGACAGGAAGCCGAGGUCCCUGGAGAAGGGGCCCAGCCCGUCCGCAGACACAGAUGGCGCACCCAACAGCGCCGCGGGGCCAGGGCCGCCCCCGGGGGACGGGCCAGCAGGCUGCCGGCGGGAGCGCAGGCAGGAGCGGGGCCGGUCCCAGGAGCGAAGGCAGCCCUCCGCCUCCUCCGAGAAGCAGCGCUUCUACUCCUGCGACCGCUUUGGGGGCCGUGAGCCGCCACAGCCCCAGCCCUCCCUCAGCAGUCACCCCGCGUCGCCAACCGCUGGGCAGGAGCCAGGACCCCCGAGACAGGGCAGUGCUUCAGCGAACGGGAGCCCCCUGCUGCCAACAUCUGGUGCUAGCACCCCUGGCCGCGGCGGGCGGAGGCAGCUGCCCCAGACCCCGCUGACCCCCCGUCCCAGCAUCGCCUAUAAGACGGCCAACUCCUCGCCCGUCCACUUUGCUGGGGCUCAGACCAGCCUCCCUGCCUUCUCCCCCGGCCGGCUUAGCCGUGGCCUUUCAGAACACAACGCCCUGCUCCAGAGAGACCCCCUCAGCCAGCCCCUGGCCGCCAGCUCUCGGAUCGGCUCCGACCCGUACCUGGGGCGGCGUCUGGACAGCGAGGCUGCUGCCCGCACCCAACCUGAGGACACGCUCACCUUCGAGGAGGCCGUGGCCACCAACUCGGGCCGCUCGUCCCGGACUUCCUACGUGUCCUCCCUGACCUCCCAGUCGCACCCCCUCCGCCGGGUGCCCAACGGCUACCACUGCACUCUGGGGCUCAGCUCUGGCGGGGGCGGCCGGGGGCGGCGCAGCUACCACCACCCCGACCAAGACCACUGGUGCUAGCCGCACCGCGACCGGCGGGCGCGUCCCAGGUGAUGAGUUUUAUCAUCCGCGCUGGGCUCCGGGGGCGCUCGGGCGCUGAGGCAGGGGCCGCAGCCCCGGGAGGACCGCCUCGCCCCUGCGUCUCCUCCCUCGCGCUGGGUGGAGCGGUUUGUAGAGGGAUGUGGCUCCCCCUCUCCCCCUCCCGCGCUGCCUCCUUGGGUCUCACAGCUCAGAGCCUACACAGGACGCGGCUGUGUGUGCUGAGCGGCACUGGGUGGAGGACCCAGCAUCCGAGGUGUGUGCUGGGAACGUUUUGCAGGAGGUCUGAAUCUUGUGCGGAUCAUCCUUCAUGCAAACGUGUGGUGCAGAGGGGCGGGCGAGACCUCAGGACAGAGUCGGUGGUAAACCGAGCAGGUCUCGUCAGUCCCCGCACACCAACAGUCCGGUGGCGCCCUUCGUACCUAAAAUGGCAAAUAGGCACUAGAAACACACGCCGAUGCUCUGUCCUCUCCCAGACACAGUCAGCCCUGACAGGGACCAAAUCUGGACAACGUUCUUGCUGUUGGUUUUGAUUUUUAGUCACGACACCCUUCACUCGUUUGUUGACUCUAUAUACUUGAUCAGAAAAUAAAAAUAAAAAACCAGAAUAAUGGGGAAGGGAAUGUUAACAUGACUGUAAAACAUGAAACCUAUAGGAGGACCUCAGCCUCUCAGGAUGUGUGUUCUCGGCUUGCUGGAGGACAUGCUCUGUGUCCAGUCCAGGCGGCCGACCAGACCACCCUGGCUCCCGCGGCUCUCGACCAAGUGCCUGACCUCCUAGCCCCUCGCGCAGGCUCCCGGGGGCGGGACGGGAGGCCUGUGUGGACUGCGAGUGGGCUUUGUGGAAACUGUUGCAAACAGCAACUGAGUAGAAAGCGGAUGUAAUGGAGAACGUGCAGAAAACAUCCAGUAGGUCCGUCGUAGUUGGAAUGAAGUGGCCGUUUGCCCUUUUUCCUCGAACCAGUAGAGGCUGCAGGGCAUGUGUAGCAUGGCCCGCGCGGGCCGGUCAGUCUUUCUACACCCGAUUCUCAGGGACGGGGUGCCUGACAGGCAGGGCGCAAUCUCUGUAGUUGUGCAAAUUUCUUUUCACAGAAGACUCAUCGGGGAGAGGCUGGUGGGAAGCGGGGGAGAUUGGAUGGGGUGGGGGCAGGAGGAGUGCCCGCGUCUGAGCAGAUGAGGGCAGCUGGGAACCAAACGGAAAUGAGGCCGGAGCUCGGAGGAAGGAGCAGCUCAGCUGCAGCUGCUGAGCUGGGCGUCUGAGCCCACACUCUUUCUGGCACAAGAGGUGGGAAAGCAGGCAGCCAAACGAAGCCCCGCUUCAGGGCCACAUUCAAAAAAGGCCACUGUUAGGACGUGGUGCAUAAAGCACUGGAGAGCCUCUGUUUUGUGAACAAAAGGAGCAUUUAGAUGAGUAGAUUCGGGUGUGUCCUCCGCAGUUUGAAAUGUGAGAUGAUCUCUUUGCUGGACCAUUUGAGUGUUCCCAUUGGCUUUUACCCCAUGAUUCUCCUAAAGAGACUUGGAGUGUGAUGUGUGUGUGUGCGUGUCUGUGUGUCCCCGUGAGUGGAUGCCGUUAACCCAUAGGGCUAUGCAACAAAAGACACACGUUUAAUAUUAGAAAUAAAACACACAAGACCGCCACCUGUUCUAGGGUUUGAGCAUGAUUGUGACCAAACCAUUUUAUAGAAUUUCCUUACUUGAAGGCACAACACUCUGAAACUUUAAAAUAACAGAGUAUUUUACUCAAGUAGGAUAUAAUUAAAAUCGGAAUCUCGGGCUGUGCAUGUCAUCCCUGGCUCCUGCUGCAGAGCAGAAGCUUGUGUAUUUUGGUAGAUGUUUUGUCUCUGGUCCCCCUGCCCACAUUAUUUUGAGUGUAUUCAUUCUGUGCAGAACCACAGCUGC